UUAAUAUCAAGUUGGAAGUUUUAUUCAGAUGAUAACAUACUAAACUUUGUCAAAACAUCACAAUGGCACGAGUAUAAAAUAAUCAGAAAUAAUGACAUUAUUACUGACAAGGGAAGUAACUUGGUUUUUGCGUGUAGAGCCUGGAGGUGCCGAUUUGGUGACGUUUGUUGAAUAAACAUGAAGCCGCUGUCGUUGAUUAAUUACCAUGCAAUUGGUUUUGACUUGGACCACACGCUGGCGAAGUACAGAGUGGUGAAUCAAAUUAAGUUAACUUACAACAGUCUUAUAGACUUUCUUGUCCAAGAAAAAGGAUAUGAUUCAGACAUUCGUACAGACAUAUCAGACAGCAAGGAUUUUAUAUGCAAAGGUCUUUUUGUAGACACCGCAAAAGGAAACGUUAUCAAAUUGUCACACUCUGGAAAAAUUCUUAGGGGAAGUCAUGGCACGAGGGCGCUGUCUCAAAGGGAACUUGUAUCGACAUAUGGGCCGACACUACUGUGGGAGCAUUACGAGCAUGCCAGAGAGGCUGUCAGGCCAAGCACUGGAAAUAAGACAUUUGCCUUUUGGGAGAACUACUUUGAUGUGCCAGCCCUGUAUGUUUGUGCUCAAGUGGUAGACUACUGGGAUAAAAAGAAUGGUGGACCGUUGCCUAGUUACAGAGACAUCCUGUUCAAGGACAUUCUUGCUGGAAUGGAAUGUAACUACAGGUUCCAGGCAUUCUCUGAAAACUCAGGAUAUUUCUUCCCUAAGCUAAAGCAGCACCCAGAGCAGUUUUACCAGGCAUGUAGCCUAGGAGUGAAGCAGUGGUUACGUGACUUGAAAAUGGCGGGAAAGUGCGUAUUUCUCACGACGUCAUCUCACAUCGACUUUGCCAGUCUGACAGCCUCCUCUGUGCUAGGCCCAGACUGGAAGUCCUAUUUCGACAUUAUCGUGACCAAUGCAAGGAAGCCUGGAUUCUUCAAGGACAACAAACCCUUCCUUAGUCUAGAUGGUAUCCUGGAAAAGGAGACCGUUACCUAUGAUAAGCUGGAAGAGCAUAGUGUCUACUCCAGCGGUAACCAUGGCGACCUUGAAAAGUUCAUCACCAAGGUGACUGGGGAAGAGAGGCCACAGGUUGUGUAUUUUGGGGACUCGCUGUGUUCGGAUGCGUUUCCUGUCAAGACUCUCACUGACUGGGAUCUUAUCCUAGUCCUGGAGGAGAUGGAGGCGGAGGGAUUCCAUCCCCAUGACAACACGCAUCACUACUGGCAACAGGAUGAGCGCGACAGAAAAAUAGUCCGCCCAGUGAACCUGGCAGUGGACGAGGAGGAGGAAGAGUAUCUGUUGUCACGGCAAUGGGGCUCAUUCUUCUACCACCCCGAGGCAGACCCCCUACACAACCGACACAUGAACACUUUCUGGGGGGAGCUGGUCACCAAGUACUCAGACGUGGCCAUUCCUAGCAUUGAGUACAUCGCAGGUCUUCCACUGGCCCAUGAGUUUACCCGCUUUGAUCACAGUGAAGAUGGAAGCACUGAUGGCUUUUCUCCAGCCAAACCCAAACCGCUUCUACCCCUUGUGUUGCCUUAGGAGGGAAAUCAGUCUUUGUAAAGAUAUACGGUGAUGAAGAAGCAAUUAACUGACAGUUUUAUAGAAGAAGGAAUUUUUACAGAAGAUGACAAUAUUAUUGUUUGAAUUUGGUGCUAUCCAACAGACUUGCCUUAGAUCUACAAGGCAAUUCCAUUUUCCAUGCAAAGACUGUCAACAGAUCUCUAUUCUCCUAGAUUUUUAAACUAAAUACUUUAAAGUUUAAAAAACCUGAUUUCUGGUAUUUUUCUAUAUUUCAAAAUGUUGUGCUACCUAUGAAGGACAUAUGUGAAAUAUAUGUUUAUGUUGUUCAAAGAUUGAAUAGGGAACUUGGUUUGCUUUUACCAAGGGAUCUAGCUCAGUGAUUUCCAAUUACCACAUUUGAUGAUGUUUCACCAUUCUGACACUGCCUUAACGUUAUGUUUUACAUUUUUAUUUGUCUUUUAAAUGAUGUUUUUCCUUAUUACUGUCUGUUAUAAGGUGCAUUUUACCAUACAAUGUGAUUUAUUUGAUUUUUGAUCAUUUGUAGAUAAAUGACAAUAUGAGUCCUGUUCUGAGAAAACUGGGCAUAAUCCAUGUGCAUAAAGUGUCGUCCCAGAUUAGCCUGUGCAGUCCUCACAGGCUAAUCAGGGACAACACUUUCCGCCUAAACUAGAUUUUUGCGAAGAUGAGACUUCAUUUAAACAAAAAUGUCUUUAAAGCGGAAAGUGUCGUCCCUAAUCUGGGAUGCACAUGGAUUAUGCCCAGUUUUCUCAGAAUACGACAAUAUCAUAACAUGAUGUGUACGAUUGCAUUACAGUGGUACAAUUUUGUUAUUCAAUAAUUGCUGCUGGUCUCUUGUUGUUUCAUUGUUUGAUUAGCAUAGAUGAUUAUAAACAGUAGUUUGCAUUUACCUUAUAAUUAUAUAGCUCAUCUGAUCACAUGUUGAUGGUGAGCUUUUGUGAUUGCAUUUUGUAGGUUGUUAAUAGUCAAUAUUUGUCUUGUGUACUUUUUAAAGGCCAACUAUAUUGACCAAUCUUCAUGAAACAGGGUCAGAACAAUAGUCCUCAUUACAAUUUAUAUUUUUAAAAGCUUGUGAACACCCUAGAUACCAAAUAAAUUACCAAAGAAUCUCUGGCAGAACAUGUGUGCCAACACAAUCUUGUCUAAGUUUGAACAUAGGACUAAUGUGGUCAAAAGCUACUGUAGGUCUUAAGGUCAAAAUAAAGAAAAGCUUGUGAAUGCACCAGUAUUGCCCAUGUAUUGCCCAAAGGUCAUAAAUCUUGGUUAGAAAAUUUGUCAGAAAAACACUGAUCAAAAUAGAAGGAAAAGCUUGUUAACCCUUUCAGUGCGGGAACCGAAUUUUAAAGGCCUUUGCAAACAGUUUGGAUCCAGAUGAGACGCCACAGAACGUGGCGCGCAUCUCAUCAGGAUCCAAACUUUUUGCUAUUCUGAUAGUAUUAUUUGAAAAAAAAUUGAAGAAAAUGCUAACUUGAGAAAUUCAGCAGACGACAUUUUAGCAGACGACAAAUUUCCCAGCAUGCAAAGGGUUAACACUAUAAAAGUGAUCAUUUGGCUUGGUAUCCCAGAAACUUGGUCAGAGCAUUUGUCUGAGCACUAUAUAGGUGGAGUUAAAAACUAAGUAAUGUUGUGUCACAAAACUAGGUCACUAGGUCAGAUAGCAAAAAAGCUUUUUUUACUCUCUAAUUAUCAGAUGUUUUUGCUAAUAAUCAUUAAACUUUGUCAGAACAUUUGUUCAUGUGUUAUCUACACCAAGUUGAAACUUUGUCAAGUUGGGUCUAAAACUGUGGCAACGGAUCAAAUACAAAAAUAAGUUUGUAAACACUAAAAGAACACUUUGGAAUGAAACCCAUGAAAGUUAAUGAGAACAUUUUUCCAAAUAUUAUGUUUAAAAAGUUCCAAACUGAGUCAUGUUUGGUAAAAAAAAUAGGUCACUAGGUCAAGUAAGACAAAAAGCUUGUCAACUGUUUAGAAGUUGCACAUUUGUAUGAAUUUUAGUUAUUGAAAACACUUCAUCAUGUGGUGUCAAAUAUGCUUAUUAGCUGGUUAACACUCUAAAUGUGACAUUUUUUAUCUAGUUUCCUUGAAACGUAAAUCAUUUGUCUGAAUGAUAUUUAAACUGAGAUAUUAACUGGGCCCCAUUUUUUCUUUUUCUAUAGUGAAACCUUGUCAAUAAUACCUAUUCAUGAGUUUAUUCCUAGGGGACUUAAGUGAACGCAUUAGGUCUUUUGGCCCUUUUUUUUGCAUUUUUAACCAGGUUUUCCGAAGGAAAAAUCUGGGUAAUUAGAUUGGCGAUGUCGGCGGGCGGGCUGGCGGGCGGAACAAGCUUGUCUUUCAUUCAUUACUUUGUCGUUCAUAGUCAGAUUUUAAAAUUAUUUGGCACAUUUGUUCACCAUCAUUAGACAGUGUGUCACACAAUAAAAUCACGUCGAUAUCUCCAAUGUCAAGGUCACAAUUUUAAUUCGAAGGUCAAAAAUGGCCAUAAAUGAGCUUGUCUGGGCCAUUACUAUGUCAUUCAUUGUGACAUUUUAAAAUCAUUUGGCAAAUGUGUUCACAAUUAUUGGACGGUGUGUCGCGCGAAAGAAUUUCUUCAAUAUCUCCAAGGUCAAGGUCGCCACAACUAAAAAUAGAUUGAUUUUGAAACAACUAUGUAACUAUGAACAAUCAGUAACAAUGCACAUUUUGAUUUUGAGUUGUCUCUCUUUAUCAGAUUUGUUUUUUAGGCGUAGCUGUAUUAAGCCAGCUUUUCACCUUACCUGACCUUUGUAACUUUCCAAUAAAAUUCAAAUAAAAUUUCCCUCGGCUAGGUCAGAAUGAAUACACUUUAUUUAUCCCAUAGGCUGAUUUGAGCAUACGACCAGAACAUUGGAAACAUGUCCGCAUCUUUGUAACACUGUUUUACUGUGUGUUCAGCAUGAAACAAUUAUAUCUCUAAUAAAAAGGCCUAAUAGAUAGAACAGUUUUACACUCAAUCUCGACAUCAAUACAGUUUGUGCGUGCACCUUUUAUUUUCAGAGGAAUUCCAGGGCGAGAACAUUUGUAUUUUAAAGGCUAUGUUCUCAUAUUUAGUACUAACUUCCAUAUUCCUGUCAACAUGUUAACAUGUAAAAGUAUAAAGAGCAGUGGAAGCGAGGCCUCACUUUAAUGCAUUGCAUUUCAACCUGCAAGGUAUCAGGGUCAGAUACAGGUCAUCGCUGCAUCUUCCCGACUACCUUAUGUGCUGACCGAAGUUCGCGGCGAGUAAAAUAAUCGUUGUAUAAUAAAGACGCUUUAGCGUGAACUAGGUGAACUUUCUUUAGACCAGAAAGAUGUUAAAUGAAGAUAUCCAGCGAUAUAAUUAUGGUAUGUCAGUAAUAGAUUCUUAAUGUGUUUUCAACAAUACCAUGAUAAAUAUUAUUUUUGAUUAAUUUAACAAUAAUUAUUCCACCAUAUUGACUAAUGUAUUAAGCAUGAGCGCAAUGAUCCUCGAUACUGAUAAUAAUCGAAUCAAAUAGCAAUGCUCGACAAACCACUAAAACAGGUUUGUUUGAAGAACGCGCAUAUAAAUAUUUAAAAUAUAUACGGAUACUUCAUGGUGGCCGGUUUACUCAUAUGUUUUAACUUCACUUCCAUUUUUCUUUUGGUUUUCUGUUUUGUAUGUAUAGGUUUAUGACCAGCAAUAUGUAAUAAUGUAAAAUAAGCCGCGAAAACUCCGCUUAACAUCCCGUGUGAUGCAGCUAAGAACUGCACAUAAAAAGACAUUCGCUAUCCUUAAUCUCAUUCAUUGAACUCUUUACCUUUCAUAAAUCCAACCACAAUCAACGCCAUGUAUCUUUUUUAAAGAUAUUUCUUGUUCUAAUUGAAAUCAAGGUUUUACACUAAAUUUACACAAGGUUAACAAUACACAUUUUGAAUUGUCUCCCUUUAUCAUACUUUUUUCAAUUGAAAACCUGGUUUUGUGACAAUUUUGACCCUUGUUUAAAUUGUUAUGAUUACAGUAUUAAUGAUUGAUAUGCUUUGGUCAUUUUUAUCAAGGCAUAUUUCAAAGAAAAAUAUUUUUUCUACAUUGACAUAUUACUUUAGUUUCUCUGUUCAAGCACAAAUUAUAACAUACAAGUUAAUUAAAAAUUUACAUACAUA